UCUUCAUUACCCAGUUUUGACAAAUCUGAUUUUUGAGUUUUACAGGGCUUCUCUUCCCAAUUUCAUCCGCGAUGUCUUUUCUUCUUUCUUCAUGAAACUGAGGAACACAGCAGCAAAUAAGCAACAACCUUCUAUUGCAAUGGGAGAAUACAAUGGUGUUGCACUUGUGGACAUUAAUGAAGAACCUUCUUCACCUAAAUUGGACAACUUUAAGAAAGUUUCAAUUUUGCACCUCAUUUUUCUCAUCUUCUAUGAGGUUUCCGGUGGACCUUUUGGAGUGGAGGAUAGUGUUCAGGCAGCUGGUCCACUCCUUUCACUUCUUGGGUUCUUGGUAUUCCCAUUAAUAUGGAGUGUUCCUGAGGCAUUGAUUACAGCCGAGAUGGGUACCAUGUUUCCAGAAAAUGGAGGUUAUGUUGUUUGGGUUUCAACUGCUUUGGGUCCUUACUGGGGUUUCCAGCAAGGAUGGAUGAAGUGGCUGAGCGGGGUGAUUGAUAAUGCUCUGUACCCAGUUCUUUUUCUUGACUAUUUGAAGUCAGGAAUCCCAGCUUUGGCUGGUGGUUUACCAAGAGUUGCAGCUGCUCUGGCUUUGACAUUUCUCCUCACUUAUAUGAAUUACAGGGGUUUAGCUAUUGUGGGAUGGGUUGCAGUUCUUCUGGGGAUCUUUUCGAUCCUUCCUUUUGUCGUUAUGGGGCUAGUGGCAAUUCCGAAGCUGGAGCCUUCAAGAUGGUUUGUGAUGAAUUUGCAUGAUGUGGACUGGAAUUUGUAUUUGAACACUCUGUUUUGGAAUUUAAACUACUGGGACUCAAUAAGUACUCUUGCUGGAGAGGUGGAUAACCCGAAGAAAAAUCUACCUAAAGCUCUCUUUUAUGCUUUGAUCUUGGUUGUUCUUAGUUAUUUCUUCCCCCUUUUGGUUGGCACUGGUGCUAUCCCACUCAACCGUGAUUUGUGGACUGAUGGGUAUUUCUCAGAUAUUGCUAAAAUUCUUGGGGGUGUUUGGUUGAGAUGGUGGAUCCAAGGGGCUGCAGCAAUGUCAAAUAUGGGAAUGUUCGUGGCUGAAAUGAGCAGCGACUCUUUCCAGCUUUUGGGGAUGGCAGAGCGAGGAAUGCUUCCAGAGUUCUUUGCCAAGCGGUCUCGGCAUGGCACACCUUUGAUUGGGAUUUUAUUUUCUGCAUCUGGUGUUAUUUUGUUAUCAUGACUAAGCUUUCAGGAGAUCAUAGCUGCAGAGAAUUUUUUAUAUUGCUUUGGAAUGAUAUUGGAAUUUAUAGCAUUUGUACUGUUAAGGAUAAAAUGUCCCGUUGCUUCACGGCCUUACAAGAUUCCUGUGGGAACAGUUGGAGCCAUUCUUAUGUGUAUUCCUCCGACCAUACUGAUUUGUGUUGUGCUAGCUCUUUCAACAGUCAAAGUGAUGAUUGUGAGUCUGUUUGCGGUGGCAAUUGGCCUUGUGAUGCAGCCCUGUCUCAAAUAUGCCGAGAAAAAGAGGUGGAUGAAGUUUUCUGUCAGUGGUGAACUCCCAGACCCUCAUGAAGGUAAUCAGGAGAGAGUUGAUUUCUUAGAAGACUAGUCGAUAAUAUUUGACACAUGCCAGCUCAAAACCGUCAUGCUGCAGCUCAGAAAGAUAGUCAUGAAACAAGCAAGUGGUAGCUUGUGUCUAUAUAUGCUUCGGCUUUUUGAAAUGCUUAGGAAUACAUGCCCCGAGACCUGUUUAUCAUCCUUGUUUUAAAGCAUGGAAGAUGAAAAUGAUAGUUGAAAAAAAGCAAGAAGAAGCAAAGUUGGGGAAGGAAAUGGUGCAAAUCAUUUUUUUCAGUAUGUUGUAAAACUGCCAUAGAAAAUUAGCAAUGGAGUUUCAAUUUGUUUUACAGCAUCUGUUUGAUUUAGGACUUCCGAUAAUGUUUGAAUGGUUUGGCAAACAGCAUUAGACAAGCAUUCUUGUUCGGGUUCUACAUGUAAAAUCUCAAGUGGCGUAGAGUCUCCCCUGUUUCCAUGCAAGUUAAUCGAGGAGAGAAUAUCCAGAUCCUCUUUAACUGUU